UCUGUGGGAUCUUAAACUAUAGACAACACUUGAAUACUUAACCUCAAAUCACAAUUUUGAAAUUUUAUAACUAAAAUUGUUCCUAUUAACGUUUUUAUGAGGACGCUUACUACAGCGAUAGUAUCGGUUAGUAUUAAAUACCGUAUAUAACAUGGAAGCCUGUAAUGAAAUGAAUGAACUUGAUUUUUACGAUGAAAUCCAAGAAAUACUAGCUAAAGAAGAAGACGAGAUUAAUCGUUAUGAAGAAACUGAUGAAAUACUAGAUGAUAUCUAUUUUGACCAUUAUAUUAAUUAUGAUCAUGAUGGUAAUUAUGAUGGUGAUGAUGAUGAUCAUCAUGAUGAUUAUCUAGAAUUACACAAAUUGACCACCCACCCAACUAAAGAAACUAAGAAAUCUGUUGAUUAUGAUGAUUAUGCUGAUUAUCCAGAAUUACACGAAUUGACCAACCAACCAAUUGAAGAAACUAAGAAAUCUGUUGAUUAUGAUGAUUAUCUAGAAUUACACGAAUUGACCACCCAACAAACUGAAGAAACUAUGAAAUCUGUUGACUAUGGUGAUUGUGAUGAUUAUGCUGAUCAUCCAGAAUUACACGAAUUGAUCAACCAACCAACUGAAGAAACUAAGAAAUCUAUUGAUUAUGAUGAUUAUCUAGAAUUACACGAACGCUGCACCCAACCAACUGAAGAAACUAAGAAAUCUGAUGAUUAUGAUGAUUGUGAUGAUUAUGAUGAUUAUCCAGAAUUACACGAAUUGACCAACCAACCAAUUGAAGAAAUUAAGAAAUCUGUUGAUUAUGAUGUUUAUCUAGAAUUACACGAAUUGACCAUCCAACCAACUGAAGAAACUGAGAAAUCUGUUGAUUAUGAUGAUUGUUAUGAUUAUGAUGAUUAUGCUGAUUAUCCAGAAUUACACGAAUUGACCAAUCAACCAAUUGAAGGAACUAAGAAAUCUGUUGAAUUACCUGAAAAUAUUCCGAAAUUAUAUAUAGGCAAUAUACUUGACUCAAAAACUGUUAAUAUAUCAGAUGAUGAAACUUGCUUACAAUUCAUGAAUCUCAAAUUUAUCAAUGCCAAGAUAAGAGGGAUUGUAGUAGAUGUUAGAUUAGAUUAUGAUAAAGCACUCUUAAUUGUUGAUGAUAACACAGAUAUUAUUCCAUGCAUAGUAGAAUCAAAUACACCCUUAGAUCUUAUCAAACAACAAUACCUGCAGCAAACGGAAGAGGAAAAUGAGGAGACUAAUGAAAAUGACUCUGUUAAUGAACUGCUACAAGUAUGUAAAAUAAUGCAUAAUGAAAUAAUGGAAAGAUUGAAAUCCAUUCCAAAUUAUUUAAGUUUUGAAAUAGGAGAUAGGGUGGAAGUCACUGGAAAUUUUCAAGAUGUUUGUGGUGAAAGGACAUGUUUUGUCACUAACAUAAGGAAGGUUUCAUGUAGUUUAAGAGAUUCCAAUGAUUUUCAUAUAGCUGUUAGGGACUUGCAUGAAGCACUCGCUAACAUAGAUGAUGACUUCUAUUUAAAAGGGACGUAAACAUGGACAGUUGACAUGUAUUAUAUGCAAAAAUUUUAUUUUAUGUGCAAAAAUAUUUACUCAUAACUGGUUGCUUGAUACUACAAUAAUAUCUUAUGGGCCAGCUAUUUCCGAAAGAAAAUUAUAUAGUUG